UUCGACGAUACGCACUUUGAGAGCUCGCUCCAGAGCCCCCUGACGAACCCCCUACCUCUCCACCAGAACUCAUAUUAUGUCUUACGCACCAGGAUAUCCCCAGCCGCAGGGCUCCUUCCCACCUCCUCAGGGUCCACCACCGCAGGGUCCGCCACGGAGCCCUCCCAAUGAUGCGGGCACCGGCGCACAGCGAAUCACCGGUGCUUACGACGGUGUCCAAUUCAAGAUCGACCACCGCGACAGCAACACGAUGCUCUACAUGCGUCUGCAGCCGGGCUACGAGGUGCUCGCAAAACCCGGCACGAUGGUCUCGAUGGACGCGACCGUGCAGAUCAAGGGAAAGAUGAACUUCAGCUUCAAGAAGCUCCUGACGGGCGGCGAGCUCUCCUUCGCGCACUUCUUCGGCCCGGGCGAGGUCGUCCUGGCCCCCGAGACGUGGGGCGACGUCGCCGCGAUCCAGCUGGACGGCCGCGCGCCGUGGUUCUUCGGGAAGCACGCGUUCCUCGCGGCGACGACGGGCAUCCAGAUGACGACGAAGUCGCAGAGCUUCGGCAAGGCACUGUUCUCCGGGCACGGCCUGUUCACGGCGCAGGCGGUGGGCGUCGGCAUGCUGUUCGUGCACGGCAUGGGCGCGAUUAUCUGCCGCUCGCUGCAGCCGGGCGAGCAGUGGAUCGUGAACAACGACCAUCUCGUCGCGUGGAACUGCCAGUACAAUGUGGAGAGGAUCCAGGCUGGCGGCCUCCUCUCCACGCUGCAAACAGACGAGGGUGCGGUCUGCAGAUUCACCGGGCCCGGGCAGGUCUACAUCCAGUCGAGGAGCACCGACCAGCUGAUCAGCUUCAUCGCCGAGAGGCUUCCCGAACGGUCAUCCUGAUCGCCCAAUUGUAUUAUGUCUGUGUGUAGCCUAGGGAUUGAAUGUAUUUAUGCAGUCGAGUUCGAUGGGGAUGUCGGGAUGCAUCCUCACAAGUGCAAUCAAUA